GAUCCACCAUGUCUUUGGCAGAUGAGCUUUUGGCUGACCUUGAGGAGGCAGCUGAGGAAGAGGAUGGAAGCUUUGUGGAUGAGGAGGAUGAGCCUACCAUUGAGGAUGUCCAAGAAGAGAUGCAAAUGGAUCUGGCGACGGAUUCGGUCAAGAGUAUUGCCAAGCUUUGGGACAGCAAGAUGUUUGCUGAAAUCUUGGUAAAGAUUGAGGAAUACGUCAGCAAACAACCCAAAGCAUCCGAAGUUCUAGGCCCUGUUGAGGCUGCUCCUGAAUACAGAGUCAUUGUGGAUGCCAAUAAUCUCACAGUGGAAAUCGAGAAUGAGCUGAACAUUAUUCACAAGUUUAUCCGGGAUAAAUACUCCAAGCGAUUCCCGGAACUGGAAUCCCUUGUCCCUAAUGCUUUGGACUACAUCCGAACAGUCAAGGAGCUGGGCAACAGCUUAGAUAAAUGCAAGAACAACGAAAACCUUCAACAGAUCCUCACCAACGCCACUAUUAUGGUGGUCAGCGUCACAGCAUCCACUACCCAGGGGCAACAGUUAACAGAGGAAGAACUGGAGCGCAUUGAGGAGGCCUGCGACAUGGCGCUGGAGCUGAAUCAGUCCAAGCACCGCAUCUACGAGUACGUGGAGUCCCGCAUGUCCUUCAUUGCUCCCAACUUGUCCAUCAUUGUGGGAGCCUCCACUGCUGCAAAGAUCAUGGGUAUUGCCGGCGGCCUCACAAACCUCUCCAAGAUGCCUGCCUGUAACAUCAUGCUUCUGGGAGCCCAGAGGAAGACCCUGUCUGGAUUUUCCAGCACUUCUGUCCUGCCUCAUACUGGCUACAUCUACCACAGUGACAUUGUACAGUCGUUGCCUCCGGAUCUGCGGAGGAAGGCUGCUCGCUUGGUGUCUGCAAAAUGCACACUGGCGGCGCGUGUGGACAGUUUUCACGAAAGCCCGGAGGGGAAGGUUGGUUAUGAUCUCAAGGAAGAGAUUGAAAGGAAAUUUGACAAAUGGCAGGAGCCUCCUCCCGUUAAGCAAGUGAAGCCUUUGCCAGCACCUUUGGAUGGACAGAGAAAGAAACGUGGAGGCCGAAGGUAUCGUAAGAUGAAGGAGCGUCUCGGCUUGACAGAGAUACGGAAGCAGGCAAACCGGAUGAGUUUUGGAGAAAUUGAAGAGGAUGCUUACCAGGAAGACCUUGGGUUUAGCCUGGGCCACCUGGGCAAAUCAGGCAGCGGCCGUGUCCGCCAGACUCAAGUCAACGAGGCCACGAAGGCGCGCAUCUCCAAGACUUUGCAGCGCACACUCCAAAAGCAGAGCAUGGUGUAUGGAGGGAAGUCGACCAUCCGGGACCGCUCCUCGGGUACUGCCUCCAGUGUGGCCUUCACUCCGCUGCAGGGUUUGGAGAUCGUGAAUCCACAAGCGGCUGAGAAGAAAGUCGCCGAAGCCAACCAGAAGUAUUUCUCCAGUAUGGCUGAGUUCUUAAAAGUGAAGAGCGAGAAGAGCGGAAUCAUGUCCACAUCCUAAAGUUCUCUUCCUCCUGGCAU